AUGUUUAAUCGUCGACACGAACAAACAAACGUGUUUGCCCGCAAUUUACAAAAGAAAUACAGCUCCACCGUCCGGCUCUUCCGUCUCUCCUGUAGAACUGCGACCCGUAAUCGUCGCCUGCGGGCGCUCACGCACGUGACGACCAUGUGCCGACUGAUCGCGGUUUCUCCCGUCUCUCUCUUCCGUCUGGACUCGACGGCAGACCAGCCAACCACUCUGUCAACAGAUUUUUCGCAAGAGAUCUAUCUAUCUAUCUAUCUAUCUAUCUAUCUAUCUCAGCUUGUUUAUCUAUCUAUCUAUCUAUUUCAGCUUGUUUAUCUAUCUAUCUAUCUAUCUAUCUAUCUAUCUAUCUCAUUCUGUUCAGAUCUAUCUAUCUAUCUAUCUAUCUAUCUAUCUAUCUAUGUGACGCCAUUAUUAGUUGAAUCUUUAAAUGCCACUCUCUCUUUUUCUCUCUCUUUCUCUCUCUCUCUCUCUCUCUCUCACGAACACAUACACAUUUAA